UUCAGUCUUUUCCGGUUGCACCGGUUUGAGAGCAGCUGUCUUUUUUUUCUCUGUUUGCGUCUCAUGCCCUCAACUUUUUACUCAGUUUUGUCGCACGUUUUCACUACCUCUGUUUCAUAUUUUUUGUAACUCACAUCUCAUUUACCGAGGUUUGAAGGAUUAUCGUUCUCACUGUGCUAAUUAUGAGGAGUUUGCGACGGUUAAGACGCCAGAAAAUGAGAAACGCGUAUUGAUGAGGAAGCGGCUAAUUAUGAUUUCACCAGCUGACAGGUGGGAGUAGUCUAAGAGAGAGCUUCUACAAUGUGGACUGAUAAGCAACGAGGAAUCAGAGUUUCUCAGGAGGAGCUGCUCUGCAAGAAUGCCUGUGGAUAUUAUGGAAACCCUGCAUGGCAAGGCCUCUGCUCCAAGUGCUGGAGAGAGAAAGCACGCCCAGCUGGAGCCCACAGGCAAGACACAAGGCCGAGAAACGAUGGAACUCCUCCCACCUUCUCCAAAUUUGAGGAGAAGAAAAACAUUGAGAAAAGUCAUCGAAUUAACACAAUGAGGAGACUCUUCUGGGGCAGCCCAUCACCUCCAAAACGCCAAGAGCCUUCUGAAAGCCAAACAAAUGCUUUAAAAGCAUACCAGAGCCUCGAGCCUGGGGACUUCACGGGUUUCCUAAAAAUACUCCGGAGCUCUUCCUCCCAGCGCCUGCAGUCCCGAUGCACAGCUUUUCUCAACACAAUGGAGGCUUACCAUGAUCUGCCGGUACAGAAACAGUCGGACCUUGUGCAGGAUUUCUACCAGUCUUUUGCUGAACAUUUUAGCAGUUUUUCCGAAGCUCAGAUCACCCAGAUAAUGGAGCACGUGGAGAAGUUAAUAAUGACACGGUUGCACAAAUGGGUCUUCUGCCACGACAGCUGUGAUGAUGAACAGAAGGACCUGGCUCUCCAGAGAAGGAUACGCUCCUUAAACUGGGUUACUCCGCAGAUGCUGAGCGUGCCUUUCCCUGAUAAAAAGACCUCAGUGGCGAGCGACCCCUUUCUGCCUGCUAUAACAGCCAUAAUUGAAAUGGAUGCCAAACGAGCGCCUCAGGACAAACUUGCAUGUGUGUCCAAAUGCAGUCAGCAUGUCUUCGAGGGGCUUUCUACCUCAAACAGUGAGCCCGCUAAUGCCGAUGACUUCCUGUCGGGGCUGAUUUAUGUGGUACUGAAGGCCAACCCACCACGCCUACACUCCAACAUGCAAUAUGUGAUUCGGUUUGGUCUUCCUCACAGUCUGAUGGCAGGAGAGAGCGGCUACUAUUUCACAAAUUUGUCUUGCGCUGUGGCCUUCAUUGAAAAGCUGGACGGACCGGCACUAAACCUCAGUCCUGAAGAGUUUGAGGGCUACAUGCUGCAUCAGCGCGCUCCCUCUGCAGGAAGCAGGAGGCAGCAGAUUGCCAGCAACACACAACACCUGUUAGAAGAGCUAACAGGCAGACAGGAGAAGCUGGACCAGGGGAUGGAUGCUCUCAACCUGCAGCUACAAGAGUGGGUGCAAGCAGUUAAUUCACAACUGGAUGAUGCGACAGCACAGUUUGCUCGGGUACAGAAGGAGAUAACGGUUCAGGUUGAACUCUCACAGGUUCUUUCAUCCUCAUCUAGCGAUGCAUCACUGCAAGGGGACGACAAAGACCAGUCGGUGCUGGUGCUCACAGAUGAACACGCAGGUCCAAAAGAUACAGACUGUUAGAGACAUUUACGAAAACACCUAAUCUGGCACUUGACCCUUUUUAAUCAUCAGCACUAACUUAUGUAGGAUGCAAAACUAGCAGAUUUAUAUUCAAAUGCCACAUUUGCACAGGUUGUUGUAGAAAGCUGGGUUGUGUAAGCCAGCUGAACAUGAAGGAAAACUUCUUGAAGGAAACUUUUAGCAUCACAGAAGUUUUUUUUAUUAAAAAAUGUUUGGUUUGAAUCCUGUUUGAGGAUGAAAGCCGUUAAAAUACAUUCCAGUUUGUAGCAACAGGUGUGAUCAUAAGUAAUAUUUAAGCACUCAGGGUACACAGCACUUAGGGAUAUCACCUAACACUUUCAAGGGUGCUUAUUUAAUAUUCACUUUUUUCUAAUAGUGUACACCAAUGUGCCUUCAUGUAAACUGCUGUGAAAUUAAAAGAUGCGCUACAGGAAAAAGGAUUGUUGUGGACCACUACAAGUCAGGGGAUGUAUUUAGUCAAACCAUGUUUUCCAAAGCUGUGUAACUGUUCUCAAUAUGUUGCCUUCACUGUUUGUUCAAAGAUCAAAAUAAUCUAAUCUGCAUUAGUGUGCAGAAGGUAUGUGUUGUUUACAACUGUUGAAAAGUUUCUGAAGAAAUUUAAGGGGUUUAUCCAAUUAUUAUAUUAAAGCUGACUUAUGAUUUAA